GCCUCAGAGCGGAAGUUGGCUCAGCUGGAUGAUGGCGGCGGUGAAGAAGUGUCAUUUCUGAGCAGUUCGGUGGAAAUCUUUUAGAUUUUAAGUCUAAUUCCCCUUUUCUUUGAGUCUCCUGACAAGUUUUAACUGUAAACGGACAACAUGGCUUCUAUGUAAGUUUUAUAACUUUCAGUUGGAAGAUUUGAAAUCGGCAGCAGAAGGAGCCAGAGAGAGUCGUCCUGAUUCACCCCAACAGCUGCCGCCAUGCCUCUGGGUGAGCACAUGUCGGACUCGGCGCCGUUCUUCUCCUCCGACAACGAGACCGAGCCUCUGGAGGGAGGGGCUGAGAGGCAGCGGGAGGAAGAGGAGUCAGCCAGCGGGGUGUCCAGGGUCCGAGCGCUGCUGACCGUCUUCAUCCUCUGUUACAUCAACCUGCUCAACUACAUGGACCGCUUCACCGUGGCAGGAGUCCUUCCUGACAUCGAGAGCUACUUCAACAUUGGUGAUGGGAAAUCUGGCUUAUUGCAAACAGUUUUUAUCUGCAGCUACAUGAUCCUGGCUCCUGUAUUUGGUUACCUUGGUGACAGGUACAACAGGAAGUACAUCAUGUGUGGCGGCAUCACGUUCUGGUCCGUGGUGACGCUCACCAGCUCCUACACGCCCAAACAGCAUUUCUGGGCCCUGCUGCUGACCCGAGGUCUGGUCGGGGUGGGCGAGGCCAGCUACUCCACCAUCGCUCCCACCAUCAUCGCCGACCUCUACGUCAAAGAGAAGAGGACCUGCAUGCUGUCCAUCUUCUACUUCGCCAUCCCAGUGGGCAGCGGUCUGGGAUACAUCGUAGGAUCUCAGGUCAGCGUCGUAGCGAAGGACUGGCACUGGGCUCUGCGAGUGACCCCGGCGCUUGGUCUGAUCGCCGUCCUGCUGCUGCUCUUCGUGGUCCAGGAGCCGAAGCGAGGAGCCGUGGAGGCUCGGGCGGAGCUGCACCAGACAAGCUGGGUGACCGACCUGCAGGCGCUCAGCAGGAACUGCAGCUUUGUCCUCUCUACCUUCGGCUUCACGGCCGUGGCGUUUGUGACGGGCUCUCUGGCUCUCUGGGCCCCGACGUUCCUCUUCAGAGCUGCUAUCUUCACUGGGAAAAAGGCUCCCUGUGUGGACGAGGCCCACUGCGCCUCCUCAGAGAGCCUGAUCUUUGGCAUCAUCACCGUUAUCACAGGCAUGCUGGGCGUCUUCAGCGGCGUGCAGGUGAGUCGGCAACUGAGGAAGAAGACGCCCCGAGCUGACCCGUUGGUGUGUGCCGCCGGCCUGCUCCUCUCGGCUCCAUUCCUCUUCCUGGCCAUCGUGUUCGCUCAGGGAAGCACCGUCGCCACAUACGCCUUUAUUUUCUUCGGGGAGACCUUCCUGUCCAUGAACUGGGCCAUCGUGGCUGAUAUCCUGCUGUACGUGGUGGUCCCGACCCGCCGCUCCACGGCUGAAGCUCUGCAGAUCGUCAUCUCUCACCUGCUGGGAGACGCUGGAAGUCCAUACAUGAUUGGCGUGCUAUCCGACAAUCUGAGGAAGACCGACUCGUUCCUCUGGCAGUUUCGUUCUCUGCAGCUCUCUCUGAUGCUCUGCUCCUUCAUCGCCGUGGUGGGCGGGGCUUUUUUUCUCGCCACCGCCCUUUUUAUCGAGAGUGACCGCAGUCGGGCGGAGAACUACGUCCCCAUAGCUGACGAGCCGAUCGUCGUACCGAAAAGUGGGCGGUCCACUCACGUGCCGGUGUCCAGUGUGCUGAUUUGAAGCUCCUCCUCCUUCAGCUGAUUGGACGAUCUACAGAAAAGCUGUUUAAUUUUUUUAAAUAAAUAGGAGUUCCUUUUAUAAACUUGAACCUUCUCAGUUGGGUUGCCUAGGAGACGGAACCAGGAGCGGCCCGGUUUACUGGUUUCAUGAGCAGCUGAUCUCGGACCAGAACCUCCAGAAACCGCCAGCUUUGUUUUCCAACUUUCUGAGUCUCGCAGUCUAAGAAGCAGGUUUGUGGAUGUUGUAGCUACUUUUCAUAACCGAGACAGAAGAAAGUUCUGACCCAGUUUGGGAUGUUCCCAGGGAUUUGGAGCGAGAACUGUAUCCAGUCUGCAGGUCGGCUGCAGCACAUUUCAGCUUUUUAAUUCAUGUUUGAUUUCAGACUCGUUUUUGUCAAAUAAUAAAUUAAAUGUUCAGA